AUGGUCUUUAUGGACAAAGAGGACAUGGAGGAAAUAGAGGACAUGGGGGACAUGGAGGUCAUGGAGGAAAAAGAUGACAUAGAGGAUAUAGAGGCGAUGGAGGACAGAGAGGACAUAGAGGACAUAGAGGACAUAGAGGACAUGGAGGUCAUGGAGGACAUAGAGGUCAUGGAGGACAAAGAUGACAUAGAGGACAUGGAGGACAUAGAGGUCAUGGAGGACAUAGAGGACAUGGAGGACAUAGAGGACAUGGAGGACAUAGAGGACAUGGAGGUCAUGGAGGACAAAAGAGGACAUAGAGGACAUGGAGGACAUGGAGGUCAUGGAGGAUAUAGAGGACAUGGGGGACAUAGAGGACAAAUAGGACAUAAAGGACAUAGAGGUGAUGGAGGACAAAAGAGGACAUAUAGGACAUGGAGGACAUAG